CAGCGUCUCAGUGCUACAGUUGUUCUCAGAGUAACGGGACAGAGGUGAAUUAUUCCGGCUCGCAUGCGCGCAACCGCUGGGAAAUAAAAUGAAUUUUCCAAACGGCCGUGGACUAAACAAAGCUAAACUACAAUCGAGCCAUCUGUCCUAACAAGACGCGACCGUGUCAUUUUUAUUUGACUUUUUUUGGAGUUACUCGUGAGUUCGGAAUAACUUUGUUGGAUUUCACUGCCGCUGCUGCAAAAACAUAACCUUUCAGGAUGGAUGACGGACAAUGCUACUACAAUGAAACCAUAGCCUUUUUUUACAAUCGUAGUCAGAAGUAUCUGGCCACAGAAUGGAAUGCUGUAAGCAAGCUAGUGAUGGGACUUGGGAUUACAGUUUGUAUUUUUAUUAUGCUGGCUAACUUGCUCGUGAUGGUGGCUAUAUACAUCAACCGCCGAUUUCACUUUCCAAUCUACUAUCUAAUGGCUAACCUCGCAGCUGCGGAUUUCUUUGCGGGACUUGCCUAUUUCUACUUGAUGUUUAACACGGGACCCAAUACGAGAAGGCUAACAGUCAGCACGUGGUUGCUUCGCCAAGGCCUCAUUGAUACAAGCCUUACAGCCUCAGUUGCCAACUUGUUAGCCAUAGCCAUUGAGCGCCACAUAACUGUGUUUCGCAUGCAGCUCCAUACCCGCAUGAGCAAUCGACGAGUAGUUGUAGUUAUUGUCAUCAUCUGGACCAUGUCGAUCAUCAUGGGCGCCAUUCCUAGCGUGGGCUGGAACUGCAUCUGUGCUAUAGAUACUUGCUCCAACAUGGCUCCCCUCUACAGCAACUCCUACUUGGGCUUCUGGGCGAUCUUCAACCUGGUGACCUUUGUGGUCAUGGUCGUUCUAUACGCCCACAUAUUUAUGUACGUACGUCAGCGAACCAUGAGGAUGUCCCGGCACAGCUCUGGUCAGCGGCGGAACCGGGACACUAUGAUGAGCUUGCUGAAAACGGUCGUGAUUGUUUUGGGUGCUUUCAUUGUGUGCUGGACGCCCGGUUUGGUGCUUCUCCUGCUGGACGUGGUCUGCGCCAACUGCAAUGUCCUGACCUACGAGAAAUUCUUCCUUCUUUUAGCGGAAUUCAACUCGGCCAUGAACCCUAUCAUAUACUCCUACCGGGACAAGGAGAUGAGCGUCACGUUCAAGCAGAUCCUGUGCUGCCAGCGGCAGGAGAAUGUGAACGGUACGGCAGAGGGUUCGGACCGGUCUGCGUCCUCCAUCAACCACACGGUCCUGAGCGGGGCGCACCAUAACGACCAUUCAGUGGUCUGAGGUUCAACACGGGCCGGGAUCUACUGAGCACGAGUAAGAAGAGACUGUGAAAAAAGGCAUUUUUAUCGGCAAAAGACUUGUGGUUAUGAGGUUUUCUGAGUUCUUUAUGAAGUUUUGACAUGAUAGUGAACUAUUUAAAGGCUAAUCCAAGUGGAUUUAAAUAGCCAGUUUAAAGCAAAUUGUAUUUGUUCCCGAAAAAAAUGGAUGAGUCUUUUGGAUCGUUGUAAUUUUUUUGGCCAGAUUGUUGUAAAUCGAGGAGUUAUCUGUUUUUUUGUGUGCGUUGUACAGCGGGUGUUGAAGUGAACGGUGUGGUGAAGUUUCCAGUAAAACUCUCCAUCGGUUUGCACUAGAAAGAAAGUGUGCAUGUAAGGGACCACUGGGAAAUAAUUUUGGUGAACUGGGCGAAGUACUUGAUUUUAUUCGCUUUUUGUUUUCUUUUGCACUGCAGGUUCGUCCCUAUGAUACCAAGCUUCCAUCAAAAGAUAAAAGAUAAAAAUAUUUUUUCCUUUUAUGCUCUCUAAGGCUGCAUUUAUUCAAAAAUACAGCAAAAAAAAUUAUGCGAAAACUGAUGCACAGCCACACAAAAUGUAAGGUUCGUAAAAGUAAAGAGAUAAGAAAUAAAUACAUUAUAUUUUAUUCAGCGUGUAUGCUGAUGUUUAUAAUGAUUCGACAGAUUCUUUUUUAAAUAAAUCUAUUCGUGAUCCUAUUAAUGCGGCAUUUGUGAACGUAUGGGUCAUACUUCAUGAGAGCAGAAUGGUUUAGAAUGUAGUUGAAUGCUUACGUUUGAAUUUGUCAAAUUAAAGGACAAGGACCAUGAAAUAUUGAUGUAAAGCUGGGUAAACACAUACCUCAGUGAAAUAGUGUCAUUUACUCAACUUUCUCAUUCCUGACACACACACAAAUUGAUAAUAUCAUUCCCAAUAAUUGUCAAGUGGGAUCAACGCCUGUGCCUGUGUUUAAGGUAUUAUGUACACUAAAUAAUAGUACAAAUUAAGUCUAUUUUAUGAAUGUCCAAUUUGUGGCCCAAGAACUGACUGAUUUAUGGAAGUGAUGUAACAUACUUUGUGUCGUGGCCUUACUCAAAAUCAGAUGUCAACAUGUUUAAAAUCAUUUUGAAAUUACAGUUCAACGUGAUGGAAAUUCAGUGAUCCAAAAUAAUUGUACUUCAUAUACCACCGUGUGUACGUAUGUAUAUAAUAUGUGUAUAUAUUCAUAUGUUAGUCAAAAAGGGAAUGUUUAUUGUUUAAAGUUAAACAUCUGAAACCAAGGUAUAGGUAUUUUUAAAUAUUGCUUCUGUUCUGAAUGCCUUCUUCAAAAUUUAAUUCAGUAUACAAAAUAACAUUGUUGGCCAAACAGGGAAGGACAAGUGUUUUUGGUACAUUGACGUACAGUGGCCUUACAAAAGUAUUUGGACAUUUAAAUUACAUUUCAAUGUUAAACAUGAGACUUUUUGAAAACUGAAUGCUAUACUGCUUUUGCGAACGUCCCGGAUCCACUAAAAUCAUGUUAGCACCAGCUGAUUAAACUCUCAGAAAUGUUAUCCGAUGCAUAUUUAGUGAACGCACCUUGUAAAUGCUCAAACACUUGUCAGGCCACUGUAGGAAAGUACAACUUGACUGUAAUAUGUAAUAUACUAUAAUGCUAACAUCUGUGAAUUUAACAGUUUUAUAUGGUGUAUUGUUCACGAGAGGGAAAGUUUCUCAGGAAAUAACCUCCAGUUUAAAACAGAUGUAUUUUGUACCCUAUGACAUUUUGACAGUAUUCUUUAAUGUUUCUUCGUGUUUGAAAUAGCUUUGUGUGUAAAGACAAUGAAUCCACUUUGAUAUGGCUAAAAUUUGAAGAUUUGCACACUUGGAAAAAUGGAGGGGUUUUGGCUGAGAUGCUAUAUUUCUAAAAACAUAUCAGUAUUAUGACUAGUCAAUACUAACAUUCUCCGACACUUUACAGUGAGAACAUGCAUCGAUUCACUGUGGGAGUUCGAUUUUCCGUUCGUGUUAUUUGUCUUACCAGGAAAACGACCUAUAAACCUCUUUAUUUUUGCAUUAACCGAGCAGCAAAUGUUCCAGCCCUGUUUUCAAGUCUUGCUCUGUUGCGAAAGCGGGUUUGAAGCAGUCCAGUGCUCCAAACAACGUCCGUCCAGAAAAGACAGCUGUGCUCGACGGGUCAUGGGCCAUAGGUUCAUUCUAGGUUGAAAAAUUACAGUGUGUUUCCUUUUACAUUUCAACAAAUGUGACCAUUUCAGAAAAUAUACUUGUUCCCUUAUGAAGUCUGUAUGGUAACAUUCGCUUAACAAUGUCAUGCAAUUAGUGAACCUUCUUAAAAUAAAUCUGUAUAUGAGUUGAA